AUGGAGAAACAACAACAAUUUUGUGUUUUGAGUUCUUGUUUUCCUUCCAGGAACACCAAUAAUCCUAAGAAAAGAAAAGAAUGUGAAUGUCAACAAGCCGAGAGAGAAGUGUUUGCUGGGUCACAGCCACUUUUCAAUGAGCAUCCUUUUUGGUUCAAGAAGCCAAAAACAAGCAGCGGAAUUGGUUCCAUUGUUGUUGCUUCAAGAAAUCCAGGGAGGGUUUUAAAGGAACCAAAGCUUUUAGACGAAAACUGGGUUUUCAAGAACUCUGUUGAUCCUGAUUCAAGAAACAAUGAAUCUGGAGAAGAGUUGGAGAGAAGGGUGGCUUUUAAUCUUAGGACGAUGAGAUCGUCUUUUAGCCUUGGGGAUUUGCUAGAGGAGAGGUCUCGUGGGGUAUCAACUCAACUAAGUCUGUAUCAUCAUGACCCAUUCGAGAUCAAGAAGAAGAUGAAGCCAAGUGAUCUGGGUAAUCUAUGCAGGCUGCUUGUGUCUGCAGAUUUGGUUGAGAAACAUAUCCUGCCUUUCUUGAACGAGGAUCAAACUAAACAGGUUAUAAUUCCGAAUCAAGAAAUCAAUGGUUUGAAGGUCUGGGUUUGGGAUAUCGAUACUGGAAGUAUGCAUCAGUUGGUCUUCAAAAGAUGGAGCACUUCUAAAAGCUAUAUUUUCAAUGAUGGCUGGACAAAGCACUUCGUUAAAAGGAGGAAUUUGAGGGAAAGCGAUGAAAUUGGACUCUUCUGGGACAAUGAUCAGUCAAGAUUUCACUUCAGUGUUCUUAGUAGGGCUGCUACUGUGGCCAAGAUUAGAAAUUAG